AUGCGGAAACUCGUAGUUCCAUUACUUUGCCAACUCUUCGCGCUUCUAGCCCACGGGCAGAAGCAUUCGCAGCCGGUUGGUAACUGGACCCUUUCCAACGCCGUCCGAACUCGCUCUGCUGGUAACGAAAUUUGUGAGUGGAAGUUCCUGCUUUCUCAGUCCGAAGCAGCAUCGAACAGCGCUCCUACGCUCUGCCAGUUCAAAGUGAACGCGGAUAAUGGACAUAAUUGCGACACCGCUACUUUCUCUGGUGUAGCCUGCGAUGGAACCGAGAGGUAUAGCGUUAACGGCGGACAUGCCCCGGAGGGAUUCAUAGUCAUGGUUCUACUUGAUUUAGAGGAGAAUGUCGAGGCAUAUUUCGGGUUCGAUGACAAGGCGUUGGACAAAGGCGCGCACAUUCCCGAGCAAAUCAUUGCUGCUUACCCACCGAAGACCCCUGGGUCACCUCGUGUUCGAAGCCUUCUCGAGAGACCCCUAUUAGCACGAGAUAAUAAUACUACAUGGACUGUUAAAAAUAUGUAUCGAGGUUGGUUGCAAUUCCAUACUACACUUUAA